GGAGGACGCAAUAAAAAUUCCUCCACUUGAAGUGAAUCGAUGUCAUUUUCCGUGGUUUGUUCAUGACAGUAGUCCCAUUCCUUCUUGGAUCCUACUCUGCCCACGACGCUAGAAAGCUAGGGUUUUACCGACAAUCGCUUUUCCGUGAUGAUUUCCAGGGUUUUUUUACUUUGAUUAGCAAUUUUCUUGAUCGUUGCUACGUUUGUUGUAGUAUCUAUUAAAGUCGGAAUCUCUAGUUUUUCGGAUUGGUUCUCUUCCGGGCAGUGGGAAUCUAUGGCCUACCGCCCGCCGGUACCUGUUUCAGCGUCGGGAUCGGUUUCGGGGUCGAGCUCAAGCUCUGGAUUCCAUUUUUUCAAUUCUCCUUUUGGCGACACGACGUACACGAAGGUUUUUGUUGGGGGUUUGGCGUGGGAGACGCAUAGCGAAACGCUGCAGCGCCACUUCGAGCAGUUCGGCGAUAUUCUGGAGGCCGUCGUGAUCUCGGAUAAGAAUACUGGAAGGUCGAAGGGCUAUGGUUUUGUGACAUUUCGACAUCCAGAAUCUGCAAGCAGGGCAUGUGCCAAUCCGAGCCCGAUCAUAGAUGGACGAAGAGCUAACUGCAAUUUAGCUUCAUUAGGCCGACCUCGACCUGCUCCCCCUUAUGCACACCUAAGGACUCCUAGCCCUUAUGUUGGAGGUUUACCCAUUCCACGAGGAGCUUACAUUGGAGGCUCUACAUAUCAUCAUCAAGUGCUUCCCUACAACUAUCAGCAUCCGAUUUCUUAUCCUUCUGUUGGGUACACAGCAUAUGGCCCAGAGUAUGCCUAUCCUCAGAGCAUCCAUAACCCAUUGAUGUCGCAGCAGUAUGUUCAAAUUUAUGGUGUUCCUGGGGCAGUAAAUACAGCUAUCUACCCUUAUGGUCAGUUGAGCCAACCGAUAUCCAUUGCCCAAGGUUUUGCAACGAUGCAGGGCUACACAGUGCCUGGGCAUCCUUUUAUGCAACCGGGGGGACACAGUAUCAAUGGCUUAACAGCUUCACCACGCCCUGCAAAUCAAGCACCAUACCCAAUUCCUUGUCCUGGGUUAAAGGGGUUGUGAUACCUGCACCAGCUCAGCCUCAGUUCAUUAUUCCUGCAAAUUCAUCUCAAUAUAUUUACGGCAGCGGAUCAGAUCAUGCAGCAAGCUGAGAGCAUCAGGGAAAAAAUCUUCAGGUAUCCUUAGAUUGCAACAGGACUAAGAACAGCAGUGCCACUAUUAGAGUGGCAUGCCUGUCUUGCCUUGGAACCUUUCAUCUUUGCAUCUAGAGAUUUUUCUGGUCUAGGUCACCAGAGAGCAUUAUAGCAUUCACAGCUACUCCGACGAAUGGAGCUGAAGACACAUGGGAGCAAGGUGCUCUCCUUGGAUACCUGUUAAAGUAUCUGUAAAAUCCCUCAUGCGCUACUGGGAGCUCAUUAGUACUUAUGGUGCAUUAACUGAUGGAUGCCGGAAUUGGAGUCCGACAAACAUCAUAUUAUUGAAAACAUUAUAUGAUUCUUUCCACAUCCAGAUUUGGUCAUUGUGGCGUAAGUCUCAUGUCAUUGGCUUUCCAUCCCCCACACCCACCCUUCCAUUAUUGGUGUCUCAUAUCCUCUCAAGUGAAUAUAGUGUUUAUAACUGCCUAUUUAGUAACCAACCUCUAAACCCUAUUGUCAUCAGUUUUUAGAUAGCCUAAGCAGAGGCUAGAGAGCGUCUUUCAAGUGAUGACCUCCUCCAUUUCUUCUACCAACAACUGGCAUCAACAUACUAUAGUACUCUGCUGCAAUCUGAUAUAGGCUUCGUUUGGGGCGGCUUUCUUGCUGCUUCUUAAAGUAGCUCUUUAAUUUAAUAAUUAAAAGUUUUGUAUUGAAAAACUGCUUCAAGAAGCAACAAGAAAGUCAUCCCAAAUGAAGUCAUAAUGUCCAUAUAUUACAGGAGCUAUUGAUGGUGUAUUACGUUAUUUUUAAUUGAAACGUAAGCUAAGCUGAAAGUUUUUAAUAUGACAGGUAUUUAAUGCUGUAAAUUCUCCUUUGUUCCCACUUGGUUUCAGGAGUAGUGUGAAUGUAUGUAUGGUCACCAUUUUUGCUUUGAUUGAUGGUAUUUACAUUUAGUUGUGCUUUACACUCUUCCGAUUCUGAAAUGGAUUGAAUUAUGUUA